CCCACAAGUCAGAUUGCCCGCCCACAAAUAACCAUCUGAAACCCUGCUCGACUCCACAAACUUUUGGUGUCGAAAAUCCACGCUGACACGAGUUCUGACGACAAACUUCGAUAACCACAAUACGGGUCCACAGAUAACGAGACCAUGGCGAAGGAGACCGAGAGGACCGGCCUCGCACGGGGUCUCAACAAGGGUCACAAGACGACGGCGCGCGUCAACAAGCCCCGGCCGUCGAGGCAGAAGGGCAAGCUGAGCAACCGGACCCAGUUUGUUCGAUCGCUCGUCAAGGAGGUUGUUGGGCUCGCGCCCUAUGAGCGCCGCGUGAUUGAACUGCUUCGCAACGGCAAGGACAAGCGCGCGCGCAAAUUCGCCAAGAAGAAGCUUGGCACGUUCAACCGGGCCAAGGUCAAGAUCGAGGAGCUCCAGCGUAUCAUUACCGAAUCUCGCAGGGCUGGUGGUCACUGAACGAGCUUACGGGUAUCAUUGCCGGCCCACUGUUGAGGUGCCAAAGGGUUGUAGCACCAUUGGCAUACGACUAGAGCGUUUCCCGGCGGAAUAGAACGUUCUGCUUGUUUAGCUGAUUUUUCCCUUGCGGCGGCGAAUGGAAAUGAUAUAUCACACGCAACUCUUCUCGGGUGUGUAAAACGAGGCAUUGAUUCAAGGUAUA